AUGAGGAUUGAAGCUGUUGUGCUAGAUCAAAGUGGGGGAGGGGAAAUGUAUAGAUCAGUGUUGAAAGAUGGGCAGAGCAAAAACCAGGUAAGGAGAAACAGCCCCCGCCUUUCGGCCUUAAACGCCUCCAAGGAAACACAGCAGAAGAAGGCUUCUGAGGGGGCAUCUGAGAAGGAAGAAUGCCAUGGGGACAAAAAGCAAGGGCAGCCCUCCAAAACAAGGGCAGGGGUGAAGAGAAAAUUCUCCAGUUUGGCAGCCAAACAUGUUUCUGAGGUUGGGGUAGUAGCCACGGGCAGCAGCGGGGAGAUCAGCCCGCGAAUAACGGUCAGUCUUCGUUCAUUUCUCAAAGACUAUUUGAAACCUUUGAUUAACAACAUCAAGAAUUUGCAACGGUCUUUCAGGUGUACCUACAAAAUUGCCCGAAAAACGCCUACUCGAGCUGAUUCUAGACAUACUGCAAAGGUACUUUACACUGAAUUAGUGUAUACUGAUCGCGUUACAGAUGUUUAUGUGUUUGACAAUUCGCGUUGUGUUGACAGGAGAGAUGCCUAUGAAAUAUUUGCCGAGCCAGUAGACCCCAAUGAGGUUAAGGAUUACUAUGAAAUCAUCAAAAACCCUAUGGAUUUUGGAACCAUGAGGGCUAAGCUUCAUGAAGGGAUGUAUGAGAAUCUUGAACAGUUUGAGCAUGAUGCAUUCUUGAUCCCAGAUAAUGCAAUGAACUUCAACUCCCCUGGCACCAUUUAUUUCAGACAGGCUCGUGGCAUAUGUGAUCUUGCCAAGAAAGUUUUCCAUGUCCUGAAAACUGAUCCUGAGAAUUUCGAGAUGGAAUUCGCGGGGACAAAGCGAAGAUCCAUAAGGAAACUGCAAAAUGAAACCAAGGAAUUGUCAAAACCUCAGAAAGAUGCCAAGCCUGAUAAUCCAAGACCUGAUAUUGCUGCAAAUGGUCCACUGUUCUGCCUCGGUGCCCCAUCAACACUCGCGAGGAGCAGCAAAGGGAGCCCGCGAUUUGGUGGGAAUGGAGAUGCUCCCAGGUCUUGUUCUGCUGAAGUUAGUCGUCGUUCUACAUACACAAAUUGGAAAUCCUCCCUCGAAAACGAGUGCCCCAAACCAGCAAUCCCGCUUAACGAGCUGAACGAAAGCUACAGAGAGAGCCUGACAAGAUUCGUGGAAGGCUUAGGACCGACAGCGAAAAGGAUUGCCAACAGGAAACUACAAGCUCUCGAGGCGAACAUUGCCCCAGUCCAGACUCCAUCAUUUCAAGUUCCAACAGCCUAUGCCACAUUCCAAAUGCCAUCUUCUGUGCCCUCCAUUUCCUCAGCUGCCCUGACCUCUGAUCUGACCCUGCCUGAUUCGAUACCCGGCUUUGGCCCUCCCGGGAAUCUGCCCAGCAUUGCAGAAACAGCCAACAAGCAGAAAAGCUCCAACAAGACUGCCCCGGGAUCAGUUCUGCAGUACAAGAGGAGCACCAAAAAAGUGUCUGAAACAGAGAAGAGGGCUCAAAACCGAGGCAAAAUUAGUGAAAAGCAGCCCGAAGAUGCAUCCAAGAAGACCAGCAGUUCUAAGCGGCCCGCGGGAUCAUCUGUGAUAGUGGACACAAGAAAACCAGACGACAGCAAAUUCCGCCCAAUCGUCUUGGCUCUAGAGCAAUCCUCACCCCCCGAGCUGAAAACGAGGAACAGGAGAAGUACUAAUGCAUCAACACUCCCCCCGAAAUCUCAGAACAAGUCCACCCCCGCGCCUCCCUGCAAGAACAACGCCAAGGCGGAUAAAGCCAGCAACAGCAGCAGCAGCAGCAAGGCGCCCGCCCUGCAGCCUCCAACAACACAGCCAAUGCCACCGCCAAGCCUUCCAUUGCUCUCGGGCUUCACUUUCAAUAUGCCAUUCCUGAAAGCACAGCUAAACCAGAUGAAUCCUUCUGCUGCUGCUCCUCACACAUGGGACACCAGGCUGUUUGAAGCAACACCCAGACUUGCUCCCAGAGAUUAUCUCAGGUUUGGAAGUAGUGUCAGUUCUAGUGCUCUGAACCUUGCCCCCAACCUAGAUGAACAUCAACAAAUCCCACCACCAAGGGCUUGCCUUUAUGGUAACAAUACUACUGCUAACAAUGCUCAAUCAUCCUGGCAGUCCUUGGCCCCUCCAUUAGACUCUGAUUUGUCCCUUCAGCUAUAUAAGUAA